AUGCUCGAAAAAGACGUACAAUUUCGUUUUAUGACUACACAAAACCGCCCACAAUUUCGUUUUAUAACUACACAAAACCCGCUUCCAUUUGUAGUGGUUGUUACCGCAAGUCUCAGUGGUGGUGCCAUUGCUAUGCUGCAUAAAUUGUGGACCGAUCCACAAUUAAGAAGACAUCCUGCUUUUAGUCAUAGGAAAUAA